GUAAACACAGAAAAAUCAAAUAAAAUUAAAUAAUUAUUAAAUUAUGUGAUUUAAGACCUUAAAAAUGAUAAUUGUGAAUAGUGACUAGCUAAAGAUAUGAAUCUUCAAUCGCUAUUUCAAGAUUUCAACAUAAGCAAAUUCGUCGUUUACACAUCGUUAUUGAGUUUCUUAAUUCUAUUUUCUUUACGUUUGGAUGAAUUUAUCACCAUUAAAUAUGUUUACGUCUUUAUGCCGUUGUGGAUCUGGAAGACGCUAGUGAUUUUGGGAAGUUUCAUCGGAACCAUAGUAUUUCUCAAGAAUCCACAAUAUAGACAUGAAAAUGACUCAUAUAUACAGUUUAAAUCGAUGUUAAUUAGUUUAUCAUUACAUCUUAUCCUGCUUAUGUUUGAAUUCCUUCUAUGUGAUCGUCUCUCAAAUAAUGGGAAGCAGAAUCUAUGGAUAUUAGUAUUUAUACCGUUGAUUGUGUCAUCAAUAAUCAGUGUAUUCUUCUGUAUUUGGGCUAUAAAGCAACAGAAUGAUAGAAGCUUUGAAUUGGAAUUAUUUCUAUCAGUAAAUGCACUUCAGUUUGUAUUCAUUCCAUUAAAACUGGAUGGAUUUAUUUCAUGGAGUUGGGAGAUUGUUUUUGUUCCUAUUUGGAUCUUACUGUGUCUAUCUCUUGUGAUGAUGCUCUACAGCUUAAUAUUUUGUAGUAUUUUAAUACGAACACCGGAAAUGAACUUAACACAGCGACAAAAUGCAAUCAACUCUGCAAUUUCUAAUAUUCUCGUUCUUCCUAUAUUAGUUUUCCAAAUUUUACUUGCUGAUAAGCUCGAUAAUGAUAACGGAUUGCCUUAUACGUUAAUUUCAAUACCACUAAUGGUAACGCUAUUUGCACUUGUUUUGCUAUCAUUUUGUAGUAAAGGAUCGUCGUACAAUAAGUUCUGGUUUGGAAUGAGGAACAAUAUGUUCCUAAAUAUGCUCGGAGAGUACGGGAAUAUUAGCAUAACAUACAGCCGUAAUCAACAAGAAACUGGAAAUCAAGCACUCAGUCCAGAUAGUCAGCAGAUCGAGGAGAAGAAUCACAAGAAGAAUGUACCGAUUAUUCCACAUUUUUCGAUUGAGACGCCUGAUUAAUAAAGUUAGGAUUUCAGACACGACUUUAAGAUUUAAGCAUCAUAAGAUAUAAAAGAAAAUAAUUAUUACCUUUAGAUUUUAAUGAAAAUCGAAAAACAUAAAAUUGAAUAUUUUUGUAUUCUGAAAGAGAUGAUAUCGAUAGAAUGUAUAAAACAGAGGAACAAAAAAUGAGAAGAUGAGGAAAAAUUAAUAAAAACUGUCAAAAGUG